CAGUCUCGAACAAGGCACGUGAGCGGGUUCUUACUCGACCCUCAUGAGGGGCAUUCGACCAUUUUCUCCUUUCUAUAGGUCUUGCCAGUUGCGUCGACACUUCUCUUGUGCCACAGUCAUGUCCCGCAAUUAUGAGGCUGCGAUUGCGGCCCUCAACUCGCUGCAAACCAAUUUUGCGGUGGUUGAGGAAUUGAGGAAGUCGGUGUCUAGGAAAGACAUGAACCUACGCUCCCUUCCGGAGACUGUAGAGUGGCUUCGACGCAUUGGUUACCAGCCUUCUGAUCUGAACCAAAUAAAUCCUAUUCACGUUGCCGGUACGAAGGGCAAAGGAUCGACGUCGUCCUUCAUCUCCUCUAUCCUGUCCCAGUAUACUCCUUCUGGAUCCGCGGAUGCCCCCUCGCGCAAGCUCAACAAGGUCGGACUUUACACCUCACCCCACCUGCGAUUCGCCCGCGAACGUAUCAAGAUCGAUAAUACUCCACUCUCCGAAGAGAAAUUUGCCAAAUACUUCUUUGAGGUAUGGGAUAGACUCGAAGAGGCCGCGCAAAAGGCGGGCGAGGACCCAACAAGCCUACGAACCAAGCCGCAAUACUUCCGGUACCUGACUUUGAUGGCUUUCCACACCUACAUUAGCGAGGGGGUAGACGCCGCUGUCAUCGAGUGCGGUAUUGGUGGAGAGUACGACUGCACAAAUGUGAUUGAAAAGCCAGCUGCGACUGCGAUCACUAGUUUGGGCAUCGACCACACUGCCAUGCUCGGCAAUACCAUUGAAGAGAUCGCUUGGCACAAAGGCGGUAUCAUUAAGCCUGGUACUCAAGCGUUCAGUGCGCCGCAGCCUCCAACCGCAGAGAAGGUACUAUACGAGCGCGCAGCGGAGAAAGGCACUCAGCUUGAGAUAGUGAGAGGCCACCCCGAGCUUACCACUAAGGGAGAUGUAAAGCUUGGUUUGGCUGGUGAUUUCCAGUAUACGAAUGCCGCCGUCGCCGUCGCUGCAGCUGCCGAAUUUCUCAGAAAGGUCGGGGUCGAGGAUGUCCCGUCGGACAUCCUUUCCAAGCCCUUGCCGCCAGCAUUCCGCCAAGGGUUGGAGUCUGCCCGACUGGGAGGUCGCUGUGAGACGCGACAUGAGAAAGAAGUCACCUGGUACCUUGAUGGAGGCCAUACUUUGGAAAGUAUUAGGCUCGCUGGUCAGUGGUUCGCUUCCCAGGUACAAGCCAACUCUUCGUCUACGGCAGCCGCGAACAAAAAGCUGCGCGUUUUGAUCUUCAACCAGCAGACUCGCGAUAGUAAUGCUCUUGCCGAGGCUUUACAUGAGACCUUAUCGGCAGCCUUGGGCGCGGAACAGCCGUUCACUCAUGCUCUCUUUUGCACGAAUGUCACCUACAAGGAUGCAGGCUACCGUCCUGAUCUGGUUAGUUUGAACACGAAUGCGGAUGACGUGCAGAGACUACAAGUCCAGAAAAGCCUUGCUGAAAAGUGGCAUUCGAUUGAUCCCCGCACCGAGGUCAAGGUGUAUGGAACUAUUGAAGAGGCUGUAGACUUCGCUAGGGAACUUGCGACAAGAGAGAGGGGACUUGUAGGUCAAGAUGAGGCUCCUGUCAUGACUUUUGUCACAGGUAGCUUGCUCCUUGUCGGAGGGUUCCUGGAUGUGAUUGAGACGAAGCCCGCCCAGUACAACUGAAUGUACUUGCCCAAAUCCUUUUCUGUUUGUCUUUCAUUUUUCUGCCUCACCAUGAGGUUUCAACAACAAUUCUGGUGAUACCCGCUAGCCAAAGGCUGGUGCCUUAUUUGCAUGAUUAAUGGUCCGAUGAUGUCGAGAUAGCAUUAGAAGGGGCGUCUGAUAUCUUUCAACAAAGCUCUUAUUGUCUUGUGUAUAUACUAGUAUGAAACAAAAUCAGCGCGGC